AUGCCUCCCUUUCAAAAUGAGAGGACCCGAGACCCCACAGAUCCUCGAAACGACAACUUGCACAAAUAUGAGGAUUCCGUGUGGUUAGAUCACGCCGCCAUUCUGCAUGGCAUCCUCAUGUACACUAUUGGCGAUCGACGGCGUCCUUAUUACCUGGACAGCUCGGAGAUUCAUCAGCUCCUCACCACCAUUUCCUACGGCAUGCAUCAGAGCAUGGCUUGGCUUGAGGCCUGGUCAAUCUGUGGUCCUCCUUCCUCCCGCAUGAUCAAGCAUGAUUCCCGGGCCAGCCAUCAUUUCGCAAAGCAAUGGGUGCCCGCGUUCGGCAUGGAGAUGUUCGAGGGCGCGUUCUGCUUCGGCUCCACGGAACCUGGCUGGGAGCAUCAGAUGCGUACCCGCAUCCACGGAAACCGCUACAUUGUGGUUCCCAUCUGUCAGUUUGAGAUGCACUGGAUGAUGACCAUCUUCGACCGCGAGGCUGGACACUUGUACAUCUUUGAUGCUGUCGAGGCAGAUCGAGAGACUCGUGUCGAGGCUGCUGUGCAUAGAUGGGCUCAGUUCUGGGAUCGUCUGGGGUUUCCCUACCACUUUCAGUACUUUGCGCCCGCCGUCAGCCUUCAGGCUGGCUCCUGGGAGUGCGGUUUGAUUGGCAUUCAUUGGGUAACCAACACCUUGCGGCACCGCGUAGGUGGAACGGAGUACCGCGCUGACGAUGACAAUAUCGUCGUCAAGGACUUUAAUCUUCGUGACCACGACCAUGCCAAUUAUCCCCUGGAGACGGCCUCUAUCCCGGUCCAUGACUGGGUCCCUAACAGUGUGGCUGUGUUCGACGCCCUGCCAUUUGGCACGGGAUUGUCUCUUGCCAAGUCAGUGGAGUGGAUUUGUCUUUAUUACAAGAUUGUCUGUGCAAAUGAGCUCGGUAUUCGGGAGGCCAGGAGCUUAUUGGAGCCGCAUGCUACUUUUGGCCCAGCCCAGCGAAGUGUUCCUGCCAAUCCCUUCGAACGAUCCGACUCUCUCGUUCCGGCAAUGCCCAAGCCUGGUCAUAAGAGAUACAAGCUCCGUGCAAAGCUGAGCGAGUUGAUGACCGGCUUCGGUGGUAAAACCUUUGGUCAUCCUAAGACUGCCGUUGCGCUCGCCACGGCCAACGCCAAAUAUUGGGAAACAUGCAACAGGAGCAAUGCCUUCCCGCUGGACGCAGGUACAGCCACGGCGUACACCGUGUGCGGCGUGAACGAACAAGGAGCCCUAGAGAUUCGACAUAUACUUGACGUCGAAGUCGACGGAGAGAGUUCGCAAAUCUCGACGCCCGCUUUGACCGCGGCAUUCUCCAACUGGGUAGCCCAGGUGGCACACGACAACCCUUCCCCUGUAGACGCUCAAGUCCAUUCGGGACAAGGGAAUAGAUUCCCUCCCGCGAGAACGUGCAAGCGCACGCGUGACAGCGGUGAUACCGGUGGAGUUGGUAGUUCAAGUGAACACCGGCCAGCCAAACGGCUUCGCCGAGCACCUGUCAAGGCCUGA